UCUCUCUCUCUCUCUUCUUGUUAAUGCAUAGUUUAAACAAUUCAAAGAAGAAACCUUUUCCGUCGUCUUGGGAAUUCUCUAUCUUCUCUGUAUGAAGAGCUGCCAUUGAUAAUUGAUAUGCCAUGCUCUGUUCAUUGGCCCACCUUUCGUCCGAAAGGGUAAGGUUCUUCUCUGGCUGCUUAAUCUUCUGUUUCUAGCCCCACUCAAUCAAAAUCAGGAGUUAUUAGGUGGAUACGACAUGGACGACAUUUAAUUUCAAACUUUGUGGAUAAGAAAGUAAAAAGUGAUGGGAGGAUACAUGAAUCUGAGUACUAAGGCGAAUUAGUCAUUAUAAUGGGCACACAGCGGUUUAGUUACCAAACCUUGCAUAUGAUGUAUUUAUCACUGCUUUUUCUCUCCCCUGGUUCACACAAGGCUAGCCCUUUUUUUCGGUAGUUCUCAAAUUACAAAACCAUCUUCUACUUGUUGGAUAGUUUCAAAUUUGGUAUCCAGUUAGAUAACACUAGUACUUAAUCCACAACAAAAAUCCGCUUCGAACCAUAUGGAAGUAAUACUCUUUUGGAUUUUUGUAUUGGGUUUGCGACUGAAAUUGGUUAAAGAGAAGACAUAGUAUGAUAUUUGGGUCCUCUCUGGAGCUCCACCGUUUAACGGCAUUACCGAGUUACCCGAUGCGCCACACCAUUGUUUGAUUGUUCUUUUCUUGUCCUUUUCCGGUGCAAAUCGUCAAAUUGCUUCAAUCCAUCCAACUCAAGAAUGUCCCCGAUGGCCAUGAAGAGAUGAUUGAAUCUCUCAAGCUCAGAUUUGGUCCUUGGGGUAGGACAGAUCACACAACUUGGUAGUAACAGAAGAAUUCUAGUUGACAUAUGUUGAUUGAGGUUUGGGUAGGAUAAUUUCCAGUGGUUGGUUCUGAUUGAAAUCGAAGUAGGUUGGUACAAGUGAAGAUACAUCAGGCCAACUGCUGCAUAAGAUGUAGAUGCAGUUAAAAUUUGCAAGCUUGUAGAGAUAGGCCUUGUGUUGUAGCCCCUUUUCUUGCAGGGUCAUUUGCAAAAUGAACAGAUUGUUGGUCAAAAACUAAAAGCCAUGUACCAGUAAUUAAGUGCAGCCAAAAGACAGUCUUAACCCUGUAGGGUUUAAUGCCUUCCUUCUUAGACAAACAACUUGAUUUGCCAUUUGGCUGCAACACAAAUUUUAAUUGGCCAGCUUCCUACUGAUUUCAGUGUGAGAAAACCUCUGCCAACCGCACCAGGCAAUGUAGUUAAGGUGCUUAAAUACAUCCUUGUUGGACCUUGUAAGGAUUUUGCCAAUUGUUUCAGCAUUUACUUCUAGUUCCAGAGGAAACCCCACAAUCCUCUUUUUGUUUUUUUUAAUUAAUGAUGAUUGUUGACUGGACUCCUUAAGAUUUUUGUGGGAGAUUAUCAUAUAUGUUUUAAACUCUAAAGUCUAUUCACGUCUUAAUCUGGUUGAUCAAAGACUAUAAUAAAAUAUAAAACAAGGGAUUAAUAUAUUACCCUGAAUUGCAUCAAUGAGCUACCUACAUUUAAAUUAGUUAAACAACCUUUACGUAUGCAGAGGCAUGAUCCUGAAGACCAGGCAAGGAACUUUACCCUUGCUUUUGUCACAGAGGACAAUUAUUAGCAUUUAGCUUAUAAGUUCUGCAACCUGAUGUAGUGUUGUAGUUUACUUCAUAGCAAUAAAGUAUAGGUUUUACAAGUGCAGAACCAAGUAUAAUGUGAUCUUUAAAUAUAUAUAUUAAAUUACCCUUUGAACCCAACUGAAGAGGGUGAGAGAUUAUUACCUAAAUCAAUUUGAGGAAGAAUGCAAAAUCAAGUCAAACUACGCACCCAGAAAAAUCAAUUGAAAAUUUCAAAGGUGAUCAGUGUUGAUCAUAGAUCUGUCCUAGGUGCCCAUAGUAUUCUGUUAGUCUUGUUUCUUAACCAGUUCCUCAGAUAGGUUUGCACAACUUGCUCAAAAUAUUCUUGUAUAUUUUGAUUGAAAUCUUUAUCAUCAUCUUCCUGUAAGAGUCACUCCUGGUGGAAUGAUCAAAAUUUGAAGCUGUAGUAGUGGUGGUAAUGAUCUAGACAUAAGCUAUCCAUGCUAUAUUGACGGUGCUGGAGCAGACUAUAAUUGGGGUCAUCCAGGCUUUGAAAAUAGGUUGUGAGAAUGUUAAACCUAUCUAUAAGACCUCCGGUGGUCGCUUUCUCAUUCAAGGUAUCUCUUAUGAGAAUCCGACCUUGGACUAGUGAAUUUAAAGGUGAAUAGCACUGCCUGCUUUGCUCCUCUUAACAAUUUCUGCUUUGAUCCGCCACAGACUCCUUCCGAGUUAAUUAUACAAAAACUAGAAUCAGAUGUGCCUUCAGUGUGAUGUAUAAUUCUUAGGUUGCAUUAGUCCAUUGGGAUGAGGGCUUGAAUUUGAACAACAUCCUGUUAGCUUAGUUGCUUCACCUGUUCAGUUUGAGAGGGAAAAUAAUCAAACAAAAACAAGUGUUGACUACCAACAAUUGUUGAACGAUGGAUUUACUCUCAACUGGACGAAUGGAUAUGAUUGUGCUAAGUGCCAAAGAAGUGGUGCCCAUUGUGGAUUCGAUGAGGGAUCUACCGCCUGUCUCUGCCCUGAUGGACCUCAUUCCAGGGUUGCAACAAUGCCAUGGCGGCCAAAAAUUGCUUUGCUUCUUCUUGUUUUGUGCCCAAAAUAGUCCAAGAUUAAGGCAGUUUACACUCACUAGAAAAGUAGGACAUCAUUCAACGGAGUAGUAGAUCUCUCUUCUCUUUUUCUCAGAGACCUUCUGCCUCAAAUCUAGGAUCUAGCUAGCAUACUCUGAAACGAACAUAGUCCUUUCGAACAUACUCUGAAUCUAGCUAACAUCUCUAGAUUUGUCUCUCUAUGUUAGACAUUCAUGCGCACUCCUGGCGGACCCACUUUAGAAGAGAGUGGUGUCACAUUGCAUCACUCAUUACUCAAAAAAAAAUUUUUAUACGAUUUUUAUUGAAGUUUAUUAAAUUUCAUUAAUUAAUAAAUUUAUUAAUUUUUUUACAAUUUUAUAGGAAAUGGGUCAAAAAUUUCAAGUCGAAGCAGAUUUAUGGAGAAGUAAUUUAUAUAUUAUAUGGAAAGAUAAAAUAUUUUUUUAUAAAUUAAAAUUUUAUUAAAAGAUUUAAAAUUUAAAUUAUUUUUUCUUUCCUUUUGAGACUUGCAGUAAUAUAUUCUUUUUUUGAUUUUCUGUUGCAUUUCUGGCUCUCUUUUUUUGAAAAAUUCAAGUCUUAUAUAGAAUGAAUAAUGAGUGAAUAAAUGAUUUUUUGGAGAUAUAUUUUGAAAAAGAUGUAUUCGAUAAUAUUUCUAUUGAUUUUAUUAUACAAAACUGUAGCUUGUGUUUUGUUGUCUAGAAAGUAGUGUAGAGUCCGGAAGAAACUUUCAAUUCAAUCAGCCCAUGAACUCUUUGUUCAAAGGGUUCAUACUCUCAGUCGUUUCUUUGUUUUCAACUGUUCUUUUCUUAAGAUUCAGUGUCCCUCUCAGCUCUAGGUCAAGUCAGAACGGAGAAAAUUUCGAAUUAACACUAAAUUGACAACUAGGUUGACAAUAUUUAGGUAGCAUCACCUUUAUUUACAGACCUCUGUAUCUUGGCUUUGAAUCCUGCUCCGUCAAUGGGUGUUAACCCUGACUCCGCCAUGCUCUGGGACACCCUGGAGAAGUAGGAAAGGAGGAUGGCUAAGUGGGAUGAGAGGGAAGCAAAAAGUCCUGCAAACCGCUGCAAAAAUCACGACUAACUUGUUAAGGACGACGAACCCGCCAUGGAGACACUUGAAAACGUUUAUUUUUCUUUCUACCCCGUUCCCUGCUCCUCUCAAAAGUCGUCACUGAGAUGGAAAAAUCAAGUAAAGUAAUAAUGGUGGGAAAUUCAACGUGCUUUUCGACCUUGAGAAAUGACCAUUUCCACAAGGUUGACUUGUCUGUUUGUUUGUGGGCUGCAAUCUGACUCUUCCCUCUUUUUCUUCUCUCAGAGAUGCCUUAUACUUUUCUCUCUUUCACGCCAUUUAUUUAGUUAUUUUUAAAUUUUCCCCAUCCAAAAAUGAGUCUUAAGUCUCUGUAGCUAUUUUACCUCUUUAUCUUGUCAUUAACUGUAAUUGUUGCUAAGCACCAUAUAGCGGGCGACUUUGAGAUCUCUCAGCUAUCAUCUAUACUCCCUGGACGUUUCAAACUCAUAAGCCAGGUCUUUCCAGUGCUGAACUGCUGGUCAGUGGAGAGGAGAUUGACCGAAUUGUACACACCCACCAAUCAAAAAAGGCUUCCCUAUGCACAUUACAUGUGUAAUUUAAUAUACGUGGAUGCCCUAAUCCCACUUUCCUUGUCUUUCAAUCCUGUUUCGUCAAGUCGUCUAUUUCCGCUGUUCAAUUCGAUACGGUGUUUUUAACGUGUAUAUGCAUUAUAUAAUAAGAGAAGCUGACCCUGCAAGAACGAGCCAAGGGUUUUAGGUUGGUUUGGCUAUUUGUUCUCAAGUGAGAGAAUUUGGCUCUGUUUCUAUUCUUCAUUGGGGUAUCUUCGGAUGGCAGCUGUAUCCUUGUUGGUUUUGAUUGUUCUCUCGCCGUUUGUUCUUCUUCACUUUGCUGGUGCUGAAGAAGAAAACAGUUACCCCUAUCACCCUGAUUGCCCACCCUUUCCCUGCGGAAAACUUGGAGAGAUUAGAUUCCCCUAUACUCAAAGGAAUCGCACUGAAUGUGGGUUGUUUGUAGUUGACGAUUGUCAGGGAAUCAUUCAGAAGGUCCAGCUACAACGGGGAGAGCGAUGGUAUCAAGUUAAUUCAAUCUCCCAAGCUGGCACCAUCACCAUUUAUGACGAAGUGCUCGCGAAGCGGCUAGAAACCAAGGAUUGUGAAUCCUUGAAGAAUUUGAGUUUUCCCAAUCUACCACAUGUCACUUUCGAAAUCGUUCCCAACCUAACCUUGUGUAAAUGCAAUAGCCCUUUGAAUCCUAGUUUUCUAAAAAAACUAAGUUACACUGAAUGCAAGAAUUCCACUGUAUACUAUAGGCAACCGAAUCCGCAGGGAAUGCCAGAGCCACCGGACAAUAUGUCAAGCCUUUGUAAUUGUCCAAUUAUUCAGCUCCCUUCUACCAAUCUUCCACCCGACAAGAAUCCCCUGAAGGAAAAUUCCCAACUUAACAAUCACUUGUUUCACAUGUUGACUCCCAACGUAUCUGUCCGAGUUAGAGUAUCCCAUUGGUGUAAGAAGUGUCAUUCCAGAGGCGGUGAAUGUCUAGCUAAGAAGCAAAGAUUUCACUGUAGUAAAGGUAUAUGUGAAAAUUUAUGUACUGCACUUCUUGUUGCCUCUUCGCAUUGCAGAGGCUGCUGCAUUUUUUCCUGUUUUUCCUUGAUUGCACAUCAAGCGACAAUCCAGUUGUUCUCUCCUGAGAGAUGUUUACCUGACCCAUAAAGGUUUUUCCUUUCGAGAAGCUUAAACUAGUUUCUCGCAGUGAUUUGUCUAAACAAAAAAAAAAAAAAAAGUAAAUGGUUAUGUUAUGACUUGCCUUCUUUUUCUUCUUCUUUUUUGGGUAAAAGCUGACUUCGUAAUUUCGA